AUGACAGACGCUUACCGCCAGCCCGAGGCCAAGACGUUCUCGGAUUCUCUGCAGCAAAAAGUGGAUGCUCUCGUCAAGGACUUCCGCAAGGCGGAUGUUGAGCUCAUCAAGCACGAGCUCAAGCUGAAUGCUCCUCUGUACAAGAAGCGUGCCGAGAUCGUUUCUUCGGUCAAGGACUUUUGGUUCCAGGCUUUGAUCAACUGCAUGGCUACCAACGUUUACAUCGAUGAUGCUGACCACGAAGCUCUUUCGUACCUGUCCAACGUGCAAGUGGAGCGUGAUGUCGAGGACCCACGAGCUGCGAGCAUCACGUUCAGUUUCCGCGAGAACCCGUUCUUCUCGAACGAGAAGCUCGUCAAGAAGUUUUCGCUCGUCGAGGGCGCCAAGUCGUUGGAGGAGGAGUUCAAUUUUUUGCAAGAGACCAAGCCCGAGAAGACGCAGAUUGACUGGAAGUCGGACGACAAGAACUUGUCCAAGCUCAAGCCCACCAUUGGCGGUCCCGAGAGCGACGACUUUGAGCCUGGCUCUUUCUUCUCGACGUUUUUCGAAAACACCGACCAGGAGGUCGCCGGUGGCAUCGGACACGCUCUGAUCAUGGACUUCUGGCCAGGUGCCAUCGACUUCUACACGGGCGCCGAUGACCUCGACUUUGACGAUGACGACUUUGACAGCGAAGAUGACGAAGACGACCAAGACGAUGACGAUGACGAUGACGCCGAAAUCGACCUCGAGGACGAUGAGCGUCCCAAGAAAAAGUCCAAGGCUGACGCGUAA